AUUGUUAGUCAAUGUGUGAAUACAUGCUUUAAGUGUAUGACGAAAGUUGAAUCAAUUGAUGUAAUGUUUGAAUAAAAGUCUAUUCAAUUGAUUGACAAUUAAAGUGAUUAUAAUUACUUUGAUUUACCAUUGAUUGAGAUAAUGGCAACAAAUGAUGGCUGGAAUGAUGAUGAGUGGGAACCGACACCAACUGUCACCACAAACACUGCGGCCAAUAAUGUGGACAACAAUUGGGACACCGGUUGGCCAGAGAGUACUCCCUCUAAGACUAAUACAAGUGAUUCUCAUUUGAGUUCAAAUGUAAACAAAGGAGGUGGAUACGGAAGAGGACGAGGAAAAAGAGUAGCCGUCAGUCAAGAGUGGCAAUCGAGUACGCGAUCUGAAGAUUUGACUGACCAGUGGUCGGACAACAAUUCAAGACAAGAAAACUCAUAUUCAAGUCGUAGAUCUUAUAAUUCAAAUACUAGUAAUUCAUCGAAACGUAAGAUUCAGAUUUCGUCUUCUUUUGUGGGAAAAGUUAUCGGAAGAGGAGGUCAAACAAUUCGUGAAUUACAGAGCAAGAGUGGCGCCCGGAUUAACAUUAAUAAAGAAACGAGUAAUUCAUAUGAAACUGAUAUUGAAUUAAUGGGAACUAAUGAACAAUUAGAUUGCGCUCAAAGACUCAUUAAUGAGUUGACCGGCAAUUCAAGUGAUUCGCGAAAUAAUAAUAAUAAUAGCGAUUUCUAUAGUCAUUUUGAAGCUAAAACUGAAACCAAAGAAUCUGAAGACUUUAUUGAUUGGGGCGCAGCCAUUGCAGAGAGUGAAGAAGCGACUAAAAAGAAAUGGGCAUCACUUCCACCCAUAAACAAACAGUUUUAUUUCGAAGAUCCAGAAAUCAGAGCAAUGAGUGCUGAAAAUAUCGAUAAAUUUCGUUUAGAGAAUAACAAUAUAAUGGUCAGUCAUUUCAAUGAAGACGAUCAAAGAGUUAUCCCAAAUCCAGUUCAACACUUCAAACAAGCCUUUGAACACUUUCCUGAAAUAUUAGAUGAAAUCAAUAAACAAGGAUUUGAGAAGCCAUCACCAAUACAAUGCCAAUCUUGGCCUAUACUACUCAGUGGUUAUGAUUUGAUUGGUAUCGCACAGACCGGUACAGGAAAAACAUUAGCUUAUCUUUUGCCCGCUUUAAUUCACAUCGAUAGCCAACAGAUGUCAAGACAAGAGCGUCCCGGACCAACAGCUCUAAUAAUGGCUCCGACACGUGAAUUGGCGCAACAAAUUGAAAAGGAAUGUAAUAAGUAUUGCUAUCGAAAUAUUAAAUGCAUUUGUAUUUACGGCGGAGGCGAUAGAAAUUUACAAAUCAAUAAAGUGGGAAAAGGGGUGGAAAUUGUGAUCGCAACCCCCGGACGACUCAAUGAUCUCUGUAUGAAUAAACACAUUGAUUUGGCUGCUGUUUCUUAUCUGGUUUUGGACGAAGCCGACCGUAUGCUUGAUAUGGGAUUUGAACCACAAAUUAAAAAGAUAAUGCUUGAUGUAAGACCAGAUCGCCAUACAGUUAUGAUGUCAGCCACUUGGCCUCCAGCUGUUAGACGGUUAGCAGUGACUUACAUGAAGGAUCCGAUGCAGAUAUACGUCGGUACUUUGGAUUUAGCAGCUGUUCAUAGCGUUACUCAAAAGAUUAUUAUUACAUCUGCCGACGAAAAGCGGUCUCUUAUGUAUGACUUUAUUAGAAAUAUGAAAUCACAUGAAAAAGUGAUCAUUUUUGUCGGAAAAAAGGCUGUUGCUGAUGAUUUAGCCUCAGAUUGUAUUUUGAAAGGUAUUGAUUGCCAAUCAAUACACGGCGAUAGAGAUCAACACGACAGGGAACAAGCUUUAGAAGAUAUAACAUUAGGAAAGGUUCAGAUUCUCUUUGCAACUGAUGUUGCUUCCAGAGGACUUGAUAUCGACGACAUAACUCAUAUUUUAAAUUUUGAUUUCCCGCGAAAUAUUGAAGAUUAUGUGCAUAGAGUUGGAAGAACUGGUAGAUCCGGGCGAACAGGUGAAUCAAUUACGUAUGUGACUCGUGAGGAUUGGAAACAUACACCGGAAUUGAUUCCAAUAUUAGAAGAAGCACAUCAAGAAGUACCUCCUGAGUUGUCAGGUAUGGCUUCACGUUAUGGUGUGUGGAAAGCCAAACAUGACGCUGAAUUGGCGGCAUGUGGUGGCAAACGAGGUCCCAGAGGAGGGGCUUCAGGUAACGAUUGCUUUAAAUGCGGACAAUCUGGACACUUCUCUCGGGACUGUCCUCAAGGCGGUGGUUCGGGAGGUCGAAGAGGAGGUGGUAAUCGUUGGUAA